AAACAUGCCUGUUUGUUUGAGCAAAAAGGAAAGGAUAAGAAUCUUUCCAGCUGUCUCGCUGAGAAAGUUAUCAAGCAAGAAAUUGACAUGAUAUUGGUGUUUGACUGGGAUUUAAGUAUAAUCAGUGACGAGAUUCUCUUGAAAGUCCUUGAGCUUCCUAUAUUGGUGGUGCUGGAUGAGGCAUAUAUUGAGUUUUCAGGUCUCGAAUCGAGGCUGCAAUGGGUGAAAAAGUAUGAGAAUUUAAUUGUUCUUCGGACAUUUAGCAAACGAGCUGAUGGUGAAAGAAGCUUUGCUACAAGAAAGGGAGAGGCUUUAUAUAACCUUGUAAAGGAGCUGCCGUUUCUCAACCCGUAUCCAAGCUAUUCCAAUUUCAUUCUUUGUGAGGUUACAUCAGGAAUGGAUGCUAAGAAGCUGAAGGAGGACCUUGCAAAAAUGGGUGUGAUGAUUCGUCAUUACAACAACAAAGAGUUGAGUGGUUAUGUUCGCAUAUCUGUCGGGAAGCCGGAACACACUGAUGUCUUGAUUGAUUGCCUCAGACGAUUGUCUUAGUGCAGUACCUCUAUUAGGCAUGAUUUACUACUUCUGCAACUCCUUUCUUUCUUUUUUUCUUUUUUUUUAUGACAAGGAAUGGUUCAUUUGAUCUCCACUGAAAUGAUUUAUCACCUUGCUAAAAUAGAAUUUUCUAUUGUAUUUUAGACUUAUUACUAACAAUAUAUUUAUAUGUAAUAAAAAAUGAUUGGCAAUUAUUGUAUUAUUGGUAGAAAAGAUGGAUUAUUGAUGGUACAUGAUCACCAGCAUUCACAAUA